AUGCCCCCUCGCAUCCGCUCACCCACCCCGUCCGACCAGGAGGACCAGCUCGCGUCCGGCUCCGACACGUCCCCUCCUCCUCCCUCUCGUCGCCCCCCGCCUCCCGCACCGCCCGCGCCCGCACCAGGGCCCGCACCAGCCCGCACCACCAUCCGCGUCAAGCCCCUCCAGCCCCCUCCACCGCCUCCUCCUGCGCCUGCGCCCGCACCUGCGCCCGUCUCGGCAGCGCCCCCACAGCGCCGUGGUGCUCGCGCCCGCGCCCAGGCCGCCUACGACGAGUCCGACUCGGACCCGGACGCCCCCAUGGACCUCGACGAUGCCGAGCACGACGAGCUCGAGGACGAGCUCGACGACGACGACGACGACGCCGAGUUCGACCAAGACGACGAGGGCGACUAUGCCCCCUCGCGCUCGGCCGCCGCCAAGGGCUCGCGCGCAUCGAGCCGCAGCGGCCGGAGCGGCAAGGCGGCGGCCAAGCCCCGGGCGGGCACAGCGGCCUCGGCGGGACGGCGUCGCUCGAGCGCAGCCGGCGCGGGCACGACCGCGUCCGGCUCGGGCUCGACCUCGACCUCGGCGGCCGCGACGCCGGGCCCUGCAGCAGCCGGCGGUCCCCUCGCCAACAUGAAGAUCAAGUUCAAGCUCGGCGGCGGGGCCGGGGCCGGGCCGGCCGACGCGGCGAGUGCGGCGCCGUCGAGCACGGCGGCCAGCUCGCCGGCGAGUUCGGUCGCAGGUGGGCGCCGGGGCAAGGCGGCGGCGCCGGGCAAGGGUGCGGGCAAGGCCAAGGGCAAGGCCAAGGGCAAGAAGAAGGCCGAGUCAGACGAGUCGGACGCCUCGCUCGACCUGCCCGACUCGGACGACGACCUCGCCGGCCUCUCGUCGCGCAUGUCGUCCCAGGUCUCGGGCUCGGAGCAGGACGAGCUCGCGUCCAACGACGGCCUCGGGUCGGACGACGAGGGCCUGAGCGGCAGUGGCAGCGGCAGCGGCAGUGAGGCGGCGAGUUCGAUCUACGGCGGGAGGAAGACGGCGCGGCAGAGGGCCAAGGAGAUGGGCGGCGACGAGGCCCUCGAGCUCAUGAGCUUGCCCAACGACGUCGCCGCCAAGCCGGCUCGCACCGACGCCGAGAUCGCUCAAGCUCGCGCCGAAAAGUCGCGCAAGCGCAAGUCGCAGGCCGACAAGAAGCUCGAGGACGAGAAAACCGAGACGAUCAACCGUCUGCUCAAGAAGCCCGUCGGCCGCGUCUCGUCGACCGGGAGCGGCAAGCGCGGCGGCGCCCGAGGCGGCGGCGGCAAGCGCGGCCGCUCCAAGCUCAACAAGAGCAUGACGGCCGACGGCGAGGGCGACGAAGACGACGAGGACGAGGACGGCGCGGCGAGGAGGGAGCGCGAGGCGUUCGACGAGCAGGAGAGGGAGAGGAGGAGGAACGUGCGCCCGACGGUUAGCCGCUGGAUCAGCUCGAUCCGGGACGCGUCGGCACCGGCGCCUGCUCCAGCCGACGGUAACGCCACCACCGCCACCACCACGACCGCCGCCGACGGCCAAGAGCCCACCUUCACCCUCUCGUAUUCGCUCCCUCCCUCUCGCCGGCUCGACCUCCCGACCCUCGCCCUCUCCCCCGCUGCCGUCGCUGCCGCCGCAGGGCACAAGCGUCCCGCACCCGCCUCGAGGGUGUUCAGCGCCGAGGAGCGCGAGGCCAACCGGCGCAAGAACGCCGACGGGUUCAGCAAGGUGCUGCUCGGCGCGGCGUGAGGACGGCUGGGCGAGGCGCGGCGGCAGCUGUAGCAGGCGCAUGGGAGUGCGAUGGACAUGGUCGUGCUGUUC